AUGAAUUCCAUUUUUCGUAUUGGACCAAUCAAACAAAUCAAUAGAAAUAAUCGUCUUUGGCAAGUCAAUUUAACAUUAAUCAGUGACUACGAUCCAGAUCUUCAUGCACUUACUGAAAGAAUACACAACGAGAUGUAUCCUGAGAAGAAAGGAUGGGAUCGUUUAGGUCACUUGCUAAUUCAACUGGGACAGUUCAACAAAGCCUACGAAGUGUACGAUAUUCUACUUGAUCGAACGAAAACUGAUAAGGAAAAAGCUCAUCUUUAUCAUAUGCUCGGUACAGUCAAGGAUAGUCAAGGUGAAUACAAGAAUGCCAUUGGCUAUUAUCAACAAUCCAUUGAAAUCGAACAGAAGCUUCUCCCACCAACGGAUGCCAAUCUGGCUACUUCUCACAACAACAUUGGUUUCGUAUAUGACCGUAUGGGUGACUAUUCGAAUGCACUUUCAUAUCAUCAAAAGGCGCUGGAUAUCAAACAAAAAACUCUUCCUUCAAAUCAUAUUGAUUUGGCUACUUCUUACAACAACAUUGCUUCGGUGUAUUACAACCUGGGUGACUAUUCGAAUACACUUUCAAAUCAUCGAAAAGCACUGGAAAUCUAUCAAAAAACUCUUUCUUCCAAUCAUCCUGCUUUGGCUUAUUCCUACAACAACGUUGGUUGUAUAUAUAACAAGAUGAGUGAUUAUUCAAAUGCAUUUUCAUCUCAUCAAAGAGCAAUAGAAAUUCGCCAAAAAACUCUUCCUUCAAAUCAUCCUGAUUUGGCUCAAUCUUACAACAACAUUGGUUUGGUGUAUGACAAUAUUGGUGACUAUCCGAAUGCACUUUCAUCUUAUAAAAAAGCACUGGAAAUCUGGCAAAAAAUUCUUCCUUCAAACCAUCCUGAUUUGGCUACCUUUUACAACAACAUUGGUUCGGUGUAUGAUAAUAUGGAUGACUAUUCGAAUGCACUUUUAUCUCAUCAAAAAGCACUAGAAAUCUGCAAAGAAGCUCUUCCUUCAAAGCAUCCUGAUUUGGCUUAUUCUUACAACAAUAUCGGUACGGUCUAUUGCUGCAUGGGUGACCAUUCGAAAGCAUUAUCGUUUCUCGAAAAGGCACUUGCUAUCUUCCAAAACUCGCUUCCACCAACCCAUCCUCAUAUUAAAACAUUGAUAGAUAAUAUUAACUACGUAAAAAAGAAGCUGUAG